CGAAGAACAGGGUAUAUAUUGCAAACCCUGUGCCCCAGGCGCGCGAGGGCCUUAUUAGCUGCAUUUCAUGCUCAUCAAACAGUUGGGAUUCUUUGUUUUAGACGUGCGGCGCAGUGUCCACCGCAGAAAGGGAUCGAUCUGAAGCGCAAUACCAAGAUCCCAAGGAUCUGAAACGAUCAUGGCAGAAACUACCCCCGCUCAGCACGUGGUUCCGCAUGAGGGGAUCAUUCAGGUGGAAGACGAUAGCAGCAGUGAUUACUAUAGUGACGGGGCCUCGGACUUGACAUCCUUGUCAUCCAGUGUGCAGAACUAUGUCUAUGAGAAUGGCAGGAGAUACCAUUCUUACCGAGAGGGGAAAUAUGUUCUCCCCAACGAUGAAAAGGAGAUGGAAAGGUUGGAUUUUGUGCACCAUCUAUUUACGCUCACACUACAUGGAGACCUCUAUAAAUCACCGGUGAAGAAUCCUCAGUCCGUGCUGGACCUUGGUACUGGGACCGGUAUUUGGGCGAUCGAUAUGGCAGACGUCCACCAAUCCGCAUCAGUGGUUGGAAAUGAUCUCAGCCCCAUACAACCCAAAUUCGUUCCUCCGAACUGCGAAUUCAUCGUGGAAGAUUUUGAAGAAGACUGGAGCUACCCUGACAACCAUUUCGACUUCAUCCACGGCCGCACACUAUCUGGUUCAGUUAAGGAUUGGAAAGAACUCUUGGCGACAGCUUACAGACACACGAAACCUGGCGGUUGGGUUGAGUUUCACGAAGGGACCAUCGGGGCAGAGAGCGACGACGGAAGCCUGAAGGAAGACUCACGUAUAUUGAGCUAUCUCAAACUUAUCAGAGAACAGAGCGAGAAGGCGGGCAGGUCUAUGGAUAUCGUCGACAACCUUGGGCCUUGGAUGAAAAGUCUGGGGUUCGAAAACGUCAAAGUUGAGAUCUACAAGGUGCCGUGGGGCCCCUGGCCGAAAGACGCACGUCUCAAGGAGAUCGGAAAAUUCCAGCUGUGCAACAUGAUGGAGGCCGUCAGCGCAUAUGGUCUGGCGCUGUUGACGCGAGGUGCGGGCUAUACGCAAGAGGAAGCUGAGAUCUUCCUGGCUUUGGUGAGGCGAGAAAUUACCAACAAGUCUCUACAUUGCUACAAUAAGAUUUACUGUGUCUACGGGCAGAAGCCUGCCUCAAGUGAUUAAGAAGCGAGGUCGGUCUCCGUAAAUUAUGACGUUUAAGGCUAGCUUAGUAUCUCUGAGAUUUGCAAAUAGUAUAAUACCACAUAACAUUCAUAGCAU